GUUAUAAAAGUCUUGCCGUUCAAGUCGGGGAAGAAAAAGAUAGCAACUUCGCGCCACUUUCCCUUCUUUACCUUUUCAUGAAUAUACAAUGCAAAUGCAAACUACGUGAAUCUAUCAACAUCAAUAUUCACACGUUCCUAUCACUCACGUUAACCUAACCCCUAUCCCCUAUCCAAAUCCAAUUCAAUCCUCACAAUACCAAAUUCCGAUGGCGGAUAUUCCACCGGAAUUACUCACCGACAUCCUCUCCCUCUUACCGGUACAAUCCCUCCUCCGAUUCCGAUCAACUUCAAAACCCUUACGAUCCUUAAUCGACAGCAACAAUUUCAUCAACCUUCACCUCAACAAAUCCACAAACUUCAAUCUUAUCGUCCGACACAACUCCGAUCUCUACCAAAUCGAUUUCCCUAACCUAACCUCCACCACCGCCACCGCCGUUCAACUUAACCACCCUCUCAUGUGUUACAGUAACCGUAUCACUCUCCUCGGUUCAUGUAACGGUCUUCUCUGCAUCUCCAACGUCGCUGAUGAUAUCGCUUUCUGGAACCCUUCCCUCCGUAAACAUCGGAUCAUCCCUUAUCUCCGUAUUUCUCCCCGUUCUAAAUCCGAUACAAGUCUCUUUGCCGCGAGAGUUCACGGCUUCGGUUUCGAUCCAUUCGCCGGCGAUUAUAAACUCGUUAGAAUCUCUUAUUUCGUCGAUUUACAAAACCGUACUUUCGAUUCGCAAGUUAGACUCUUUAGUUCAAGAACCAAUUCAUGGAAAGUACUUCCUAGUAUGUGUUAUGCUCUUUGCUGUGCUAGAACCAUGGGGGUUUUCGUUGAUAAUUCCCUCCAUUGGGUUGUGACUCGGAAACUCGAACCGGGUCAACCUGAUUUAAUCGUCGCGUUUAACCUAACUUUAGAGAUUUUCAACGAGGUUCCACUUCCGGAAAUUGAAGUAGUAGAUAACAAUGGUGAGAGUUUUGAAAUUGAUGUUGCGGUUUUGGGUGGGUGUCUUUGUAUGAUUGUGAAUUAUGAAAUUACUAAAGUUGAUGUUUGGGUGAUGAAAGAAUAUGUAUCUAGAGAUAGUUGGUUUAAACUGUUAACUUUGGUGGGAUCUUGUUACUUUUUACCUUUGAAAUCUUUGAGGCCUUUAGGUUAUUCGAAUGAUGGAAGUAAGGUUCUCUUGGAAGUCGAUCGUAAGAAGCUGUUUUGGUACGAUUUCAAGAGUGAACAAGUUAGUUUUGUUUCAGGAAUAUCUAAUAUGAAUGAAGCCAUGAUUUGUGUUGGAAGCCUUGUACCACCUUCUUUGCCUAUUGUUGAUAAUUAUAAGAAGGAGAAUCAGCACAAGUUGAGAUGCGAAAGUAUAAGCAAGAGAAGGGAUGACUUCUUGUCACAAGGAUUUAAAUUGACAUUGUAAGAGUGUGGAGGAAGAACCAGUGAUGUGUGGCUGAAACCGGAUGCUCAAGUUGUUUCUGGUAAUGGAAUUAGUCUCCUUGGUUUGGUGGGAAGGGUUGAAUUGAUCAGGAAUGGAGCUGCACUUAUUAUUGUUAAGAAUGUGGAACUGGGGAAUCGAUCCCCUCUCGUGUUCACACGAGAGGGGGAGAAGUGUGGUGUCCCACGAUCCAACUUUGGGAGAAUUGGAUCCACCUAUUUUUCUCUCUUCUUUAAUGGCGUAAGAUCACCCUGUGAAUGAAAGACCCACUGAAGUGAAACAAAGAUCUUAAGGUCGCAAUAUUGAACAUGAAGAAAACUGUAGUUGAAGAACAGAUACCAGAUGUACAUGACUUAUUUCCUUUUGUUUGGUGUAUCACUUGGUCUAUAGUUACUAGGAUCCUGUAGCACCUGCUCUGCGCAAUACAAAGAAAAAUGGCUUAUAUGUCAUUUAGGUGUAACUAAGUGUUAAAAAAUGACCUAUACGUAGAUAUGGUGUAAAGAAGUGUUGAAAAAUGUAUUAUCUGUGUGAUUUUGUAUGUAAGUGGGUUGAUCUGAUUUUACCAUCAACUGUAAUAAAACUUCUACAUUUGGCAACCAUGCAUGAAUUGUAUUUUUAGAUUGAUUGUUGGUGAAAAUUCUUGGCAA